CGCCCAGGAUGGGGUGAGCGGUUUCUGCCGCCUCUACCACCAUCCCUGCCGCCUCAGGACCUGCCGCUGCAGUCCCUGCCGCUGCAGUCCCUGCCGCCACCCCUUCCUCCUCCUUCUCCAGCCCCUCCGCCACCUCUACACGACCCAGGCCCUCUGUCCCUGAAAGGAAGCUGUGUUCGGCCUCCUUCGCUGGCCCGGGGCACCGCCAUGGCGGACGGCGGGGGUGGCGGGGGCACCGGCGCGGUGGGCGGCGGCGGCGCGGGCCAGGCCUCGGCUGGCGGGGGGACGGGCGCGACGGGGGCCGGCGGCGGCGGCGGCGGCCCCAUCAACCCGGCCUCGCUGCCUCCCGGCGACCCGCAGCUCAUCGCGCUCAUCGUGGAGCAGCUCAAGAGCCGGGGCCUGUUUGACAGCUUCCGCCGGGACUGCCUGGCCGACGUGGACACCAAGCCAGCUUACCAAAACCUGAGGCAGAAAGUGGAUAAUUUUGUGUCAACACAUCUGGACAAGCAGGAAUGGAAUCCUACGAUGAACAAAAACCAAUUGCGAAAUGGUCUGAGGCAGAGUGUGGUUCAGUCAGGGAUGUUGGAAGCUGGAGUGGACAGAAUUAUUUCCCAGGUGGUGGAUCCCAAACUGAACCACAUCUUCAGGCCACAGAUAGAACGAGCGAUUCAUGAGUUCCUGGCGGCCCAGAAAAAAGAGGCUGUGCCAGCGCCCCCUCCAGAGCCGGAACGCCAGGACCCUGCAGCUCCAUCGCAGGAUGCCUCCUAAGGUCCAGUAUCCCGGCCUUUGUCCAGGAGCAUUCACCUCUGCCUUAUAGAUAUAGAAAUGGAUAGAAAAGGGAAUAUGCCUGACACGUUUUGGAAGCUCCACUGAAUUAAUGGUGAAGAACUGGAUUCAGUUACAUAAGAGGACAACUUCAGAAUGAAGACAGGCUAAGGUCAUCGCUGACUUCAGGAUUCAACGUUGACUGUGUCCAGAUAAAAUAGGGAGCGAGUGGGCCAGUAGGAAAGUUGACCAUGUGGGCCCCCACAUCAUGCUGCCAUCUGGCUGGCCUCUCCAAGGGGAUGACACCCAGUAGACACUACAGAGAUAUUAAGAAACACUACAUCAACUCGGGGUUGUCCUGAAACGAACCUUUGUACUGGAACUUAGAGGCUGUGUAUGAAUUUUAGGGUUUGUGCUUGGGGAUAAGCGAAAGCUGCAGUGAAGGAACAUAACCUGUCCCAAAGAUGCCAUUUCAAAGAAUGACAGUACAGGUUAGCCAGGAGGAGGUGUUUGAUGCUGUUUCUCAGAGCUGCACAUUAGAGCGUGCCAGCCAUCAGCAUCGAAUAGCUUUAAGGUUGCUGUGGCCCUCUUGUCCAUGACUCUCGUAGCUCCUGUUUCCUUUCCCGUGUAAGAGGUGUCAACAUGGGACCCCUAGAAUGCAUGAGGAAACGUAGACUUAGGUGUGAGGAAAAACGUUGGCAGGCUCUCUGUCCAGGGCUGCUUCCUAGCCUGCAAGGGCUCCUGAGUAUUGGGUGUGUUUAUUUUAUUCUCGCGUUUGUGUUUUUUAGAAGGUGAAUAACUAGUAAGUGGCUUAAGUUUUGUAAUUAAAUGGUUUGAUAACUCUGAAGCUUCAACUAAUUCUCAGACCCCUGGUGUAGGGGGUAACCUUCUUCCUCAGCCUGCGGGCCAUUCCUGCGCUCAGUACAAGACUUAAUGGCCGUGAAGGGCUGGUAGACGCACCUUGGAACUACCACCGCCCUGCAGCUAGUGGGUGUAGCUGGAAGUGAGCAAGACAUUCCCUUUCCCCGGACCCUUCCUGAUGCCGGUCUUCAGUUGAGGACAGUGUGCUCUAUCAGUUUCCCAAACUUGUCUGCAGAAAUGUCACCUGGGGAUUUUAGGAAAAAAUGCAUAUUCUGAUUCAGAAGCUCUGGAAGGACCUGAGAGUGCUGACAAAUUCCUGGUGGUGCUGGCACUGCCACCCUCGGCAUUUUGCAUCCCAAGAUUUGGAUACCAAAAAUUACUUCGAACUCAGAGACUUUGGUUCUUAGUUGAGCCUACUCCUGGAUAGUAUUACUCAAACUUUAAACUAUUUAGAAUUCCACCUUUACCAUCAAUACCCAUAAGUUACUGCACUUCCAUAUUUAGCAAGAUGUUUGGGCAGCAUGUGACCUUAUUUUAAAGCAAGCUGACCACGUGUUAGGGCAGGUGGCAGUUACUUCUGAAGUGUGUUCUGCUUCCAGCUGAAACAGGUUGCUGUCUCUUUCAGUUUGGGAUUCAACAAGCAAGUCCUCAGUGCCCAGAGAAGGUCCCCUGUAGCUCUAGUCCUCUUCGCUAAUAGGUAAAGAUGGAAUGACCAGUCUCGCCAGUCCUCUGCUCUGCAAGGAAGCUUCUCAGACUUGUAUCCCCUCUUCCAGACCGUAAGCCUCCUUCCCUGGGGGGCCUCUGCCUCAGGAGGGAGGUCUCAGCAGAGCCCCUUUCUGUUGACCCAGCCACAAUCCUGCUCAUCCAACACUGACCUCAACCCAGUGACACAGGGCAGAGUAGAGCAACCCAGAGGUGUCCUGCCCACAAACGCCCAAGUGACUGUUGUGUAUGCUUUUUUGGCAGACAGUUUUCGGUCCAUCUCAGCUCUCUCUUUUUUCCAUUACUAGAGAAGGGUGUACCAGAUGAUGAGAAGCGCCCUAAUUUUCACAGAAUGUUAAAUAUACCAAGAUACCAAGGAGUUUUGUUCUUUCUUUAAAAAUCACUGUUAUAUCCACUGUCACUGUAGACAAGAUAAUUUUUUCAAGUGAAAUCUAAGUACAGAAGUAACAACAUAUCACUACUGUCAGGGCAGAGGGCUGACUUUGACUCUUAGCUGAGCCAAACUGAAAUGGAAGUAGUUAAGUCCACACGCCGGGAGAAUGAGACCAGACAAAAGCACUAGAGGGGCUGGGAAGCCCAGAGCCACCUCUGUCCCCUUAAGAACCGGUCACCUGCUACACCUAUUUGCAUUCUCAGCAGAG